CCAAACCAAAACCCGAAAGAGAAGACAAAGCUCUACAUAUAUAAUAUAUUACAUAUGUGUUAUAUAAGAUUAUAUUAUAAAACAAACGGGCUGGUGGGAAGGCAGGGAGGGAAGGAAGGAAUCUCAGGUGGCUCGGACAGCUCACGAAUUCGAGGAGGGAAGGAAGGAAACCCUAGUUCGACAUCUCGCCUGUUGGUUCGAUCUUCCGUGGUGGUCUUCGGUCUCUGCCGCAGCUGCGGAAGUGUCGGAGAAGCAAGGAAAGCGAGGCUGGGGCUCCGUGCCGUUGUCGAAGUCGGAAACAGUUGACGGUGAUUCGAUUGAUUAUACUGACUGGGGAACUCGACGAUGGUGCUCUUCUCCAAGAGUGUAUCCGCACUCUCAAGCUUGAGUUCUCGUGCUCAGGUCAAGAGUCGAACCCAAACAUUCGUGUAUGGGACUUGCAAAGCUCAAGGUCUUUUGGACAGUCAAGAUGAGCCCGUGAUGAAUAUGUUUUCAACAUGUGCUACGCUAUCAGAAAAGCCCACUAAAGAGAGUCCCCUUUCCGACAUGUUGAUUGACUCGUUUGGAAGAUUCCAUAGUUACUUGAGGAUAUCAUUGACCGAACGGUGCAAUCUCCGGUGCCAAUACUGUAUGCCUGCUGAAGGUGUUGAACUUACCCCGAAGCCCCAACUCCUCUCAUCGAAUGAGAUUAUUCGUCUUGCGGAUCUUUUUGUUGCUGCGGGGGUGGAGAAGAUCCGUCUCACAGGUGGGGAGCCCACUAUUAGGAAAGACAUUGAAGAUAUCUGCUUACAGCUGUCAAACUUGAAAGGCUUGAAGACUCUUGCGAUGACAACGAAUGGUAUAACUCUUGCAAGGAAGCUUCCGAAGCUCAAGGAGUGUGGGCUCACCUCUAUAAAUAUAAGUUUAGACACUUUGAUCCCUGCGAAAUUCGAAUUCAUGACAAGGCGCAAGGGGCAUGAGAAGGUCAUGGAAGCGAUUAAUGCAGCCAUUGAUCUUGGCUACGAUCCUGUUAAGGUUAACUGUGUUGUGAUGCGUGGAUUCAAUGAUGAUGAGAUUGUUGAUUUUGUGGAGUUAACUCGGGAUAAACCAGUUAAUGUCCGGUUCAUCGAGUUCAUGCCUUUCGAUGGAAAUGUUUGGAACGUCAAGAAAUUAGUUUCCUACUAUGAAAUGCGAGAUAAGGUGGUAGCACAAUAUGCUGGCUUAAUACGACUCCAAGACCAUCCCACGGACACAGCAAAGAAUUAUGGUAUAGAUGGGCACCGUGGUACGGUUUCUUUCAUCACAUCAAUGACUGAGCAUUUUUGUGCUGGUUGCAAUAGAUUGCGACUUUUAGCUGAUGGGAACUUCAAAGUGUGCUUGUUUGGCCCUUCAGAGGUUAGCUUGAGAGAUCCUCUUCGUUCCGGUGCCAAUGAUGAUGCACUUCGGGAAAUAAUUGGAGCAGCGGUUGUUAACCUCAGGAGAAUUUAUCAGAUAUAUGGUUUAACUUAUGUUGGUUAAGUAAGGGAACAUGAUUUUGGGCAGAAUAUCAACAGGUCAAGAGGAAGAAGGCUGCACAUGCUGGAAUGUUUGAUAUCGCAAAGACGGCGAAUAGGCCAAUGAUCCACAUCGGUGGCUAAGCUAUUGGUAUUUUGCACUCUUCUCAGUUCUCUUAUCGAACUACACUUUGUCCUAUACCUUUGAACAUCUCCUGACUUUGCACUUUUCCAAUGCCGCGAGCAAUAACAACAAACUAAUCCAGGUACAAAAUUCCUGGGACUAUGUAGAAGAAGUGUGCUGCGAGUCUCCUUUUCUGACCGGAGAAGAAUGCUUCUGUUAUUCGAAGAUGCUUGCAUGUUACCCUUUACGUGGUAUUAUAUGAUUCUUUUAAGCUGAAUAGUAUCUCCUUGUACUGUACAUUACUGGUUUACAUCUCCAUUACUGUACAUUAUGGGUUUUCUCAUUGUAAUUCAGUCGAAAAGAAAGAAAUCAAAAAA